GAAUGAGUGGAGUGGAGACAGCCAUAUCAAGCAGCAAAUCAGGAGUCCCAGCCCUCCUGUCCAAUCAGAUCAGCUGACGGCAGCUGAGGAGCCAAUGGUCUGGACAGAACAGCUGGUCUCGCCUGAUGGUCAGAUUCCACCGCUCUCUCCUAGCGACCAGAGGCUGCUGGAUGCUCCAGUGUCUGGGAUUAAAGAAGAGAAUGCUGUUCAUGGAUAUGAGGAGUGCAGGCAGUAUGAGAGAGCUGACCCCAGAAUGGAGUAUACUGUCACUUCAGAUACAGACAUCAAAUCUGAAGAGAUUCAGACUCCGCUGGUCUCGUCUGACGGUCAGAGGCUGCUGGAGGCGCCAGUCUCUGAAGAUGAAGAUGGUGAUGAUGACGAGUAUGGAGAGUACAGUAAUUCAGGAAAUGGAUCAUCUUCCACCCCACUCGUCUCGCACACAGCGUUGAAGAAUAGGAAACAUUACUCCUGCUCUGUGUGUGGCAAAACCUUCCCGUUUUGGUCUGCGCUGCAACAACACCAGAACAUACACACAAAGGAGAGGCCAUACAGCUGCACCCAGUGUGGCAAGAGUUUCACUUUAAGACAGUAUCUCCGAUCUCACCUCCGUAUUCACGCAGGAGUGAAACCACACCAAUGCACUCAGUGUGGCAAGAGUUUCAUUCGACGUAAGCAUCUCGAGGAUCACGAGCGCAUUCACACAGGAGAGAGGCCGUACCACUGCAGUCAAUGUGGCAAAAGCUUCACUCAAGAGGCAAACCUUAAACUGCACCAGCGCACUCACUCAGGAGAGAGACCGUACUGCUGCACUCAGUGUGGGAAGACUUUCAAUAAUGGGGACACUUUCAAACGACAUCAACUCAUUCACACAGGAGAGAAACCCUUUCAAUGUCCUCAAUGUGGGAAGAGUUUCAGUCGAAAGGGAAAUCUCAAAGUACAUCAACGCAUUCACACAGGAGAGAGGCCUUAUCAAUGUGUUUAAUGUGUGAAGGGUUUCUGUCAAACCUAUAAUCUAAGGGGCCGUCUACACGACGCCGGUUUUUCUGAAACCGGUGAGGUUUUGUUAUCGGUUACGCCUUGCGUGUACAUGACGCCGGCAGUUUAGGAGACUGUAACCGAGAGUUUUUGAAACCGGCUUCCGAA